CUGCUAAUCUCCCGCCUUUUCCAAAGAAAUAUUGUAACCAUAGAAAAAAAGCUAAUGACGGAAGUCAGUAAAAUGAAAGAAUGGCUGAGCAGAAACAUUUACUGCAUAAGUACGGCUAAAAGUUCAAAUAUUUUUUGAAAGACAGCUGCAAAUAACUAGUGUAUUGGAACAUCACUUUACAUUUUAAGAGUUAAAUAUUAUAAUUUUGUUAAUUAAUUUAGUUUAUUAAAGUUACUUAAUUUUUUAGUUUAAUUAUCACCACGUAAGCGGUAGCUUAACAGGAAAUAUUAUUUUGCAAGGUCCGCGACGAACAAGAAGAAAAAUUAAUUUAAGGCUUUCAUUGUUAACUAUUAUUUUAAGCCUUAUAAAAUGUGGAAUAAAAUUUCAAUAGAAUAUAUGUUUAAAAAAAUCAAGAAAUGAGAACUAAAUUAAAUAACUUGUCAAUUAAGCCUUCACUACGAGUCAACAAUAUUCUUUACAUCCGGCGCACGUGUGUUUUCUUUUGUACCCUUACCAAAUUAUCAUUCCAUUUAAUUAUAUCAAUAUAAUUCGAAGGCCCGAACUUAAACCAUGGAUGAAGAUGAUAGAACUAGUGUUUGGAUUAAGAAAAUUAGCCAUGUGUCACCAAUUGCUCAACCACUAGCCUCAAGAAAAUUAACGAAAAGAAUAAGCAAAGUUGUUAAAAAAGCUAGCAAAACAAAAUCAUUGCGGAAAGGUGUCAGAGAGGUACAAAAGUUUAUAAGACGAGGAGAAAAGGGGUUAGUGAUUUUAGCUGGUGACAUCAGCCCUAUUGAUAUCUAUAGCCACAUUCCUAUUAUGUGUGAAGACAAAGAGAUUUCUUAUUGUUAUGUUCCUUCUAAAGAUGAUCUUGGUGCUGCAUGUGGAACAAUAAGACCAGUCAGUUUGGUAAUGAUAAAUAAAAAUGAAGAGUAUGAAGAUCUGUACACAGAUUUGUAUGAGGAAGUCAAAACUUUGCCGCUUCCUAUUUGAUUUGUAUUUUUCUAAAAUAAAUUAUAUAAAGAAUUUUUUUAAUUUACAAUAA